AUGGCGUUUGUGCCAAUCUCUCCCGGAGGUCGGAGGGUUGAGCCCGUCUCUCCAGGAGGCCGAAAGGUUGAUCCACAGCCUUACUACCAAUGGCUUUUUGAACGCCGCCGAAGCGGUGAGUCGAGCAACCUAUGGACCACACACUUCCCGCCACAACCGUGGCCUUCUUCGCCUUCGAUGGCCCGCACUGCCUCUGCUCCUGCUGACCUGCACAUGGGCCAGCCAAGUCCGACUGGUGUUGGGUCGGUGCUUCUCUCGCCGCUCUCCGAUGCAGCUUCUUUCUUGGCAAAGGCUGCCGACUUGAGUUUGAAGCGGAAAGAUGUCGGGCACGCAAUACAUUGCUGCAAUCAGGCAGUUUCUCUGGGACCAGACUGUGGUCCUGCUUGGAGACAUCGGGCAGUUGCGAGAAUACAAGCCGGCCAUGCCGAAGCUGCAGUCGAGGAUGCAUCAGCGGCAGUCGAUGCUGAGCCCUUGAACGUGCACAACUGGGAAACACGAACAGCCGCGAAGUUUGGCAGUGGUGAUUUUGACGGCGCCGCGGAGGAUGCAGCUCAUGCCAUUUCACUCGAUGGUUGGCGGCCAAGUCUCUGGAGAAGGCGGGCCUUGGCCAGGGUCAUGCUCCAGGAUUUUGCAGAUGCCAAAGAGGACCUUGACAAGGCCUUGCAUCUGGAUCCAAAGCAUGCUGCCAGUUGGCGCAAUCGUGGGGCGGUGAGGUUGGCUAUGAGCGACGUACAAGGUGCUGAGUCAGAUGCUUCACGCGCGGUGAAGCUGCACCCGACCAUCGACAGCUACUUGCAACGUGCAAAGAUCCGGUUGGAGGCGAAACGCUACGCAGCAGCGGACCGGGAUUGCACGGCGGCUUUGCGCAGGGACAAACGCGAGGCCGAUGCAUGGUACUUGCGGGCAGUGGCACGGAAGCAUACCGAACCUGCUGACCUGGCUGGAGCAGUUUCAGAUCUGUGUGAGGCCAUCGCUUGUGACCCUUACGAAGCAGAGGCUUGGAAACUCCGUGCUGAGAUUCAGUUGCGACGUGGCAAGUAUGAACAGGUGGUGGAGGACAGCACUGAGGCCAUCCGGCUCAACGGGGAGUCCUGUGAAGUUUUGUGUAUGCGGGGCAAAGCUCAUUUUCGGAAAGGAGCCUUCCAAAGUGCUGCAGCAGAUUUCGAGCGAGCUUUGCAGGUCGACCCAGAAAGUGAGAUCGCGGCAAAAAUGUUGGAUCGUGCAAAGCAGUCUUUAAAGCAGCUGGAAGCCUGGCAUCUGCCAGCCCUUGCAGGUGGCCUCCAUUCCUUCAUCGAGUCAGUACAUAGUGCACAGCUGCUCCUGAAACAAUCCUAA